AACUAAAGAGUGAGUGUUUUUUUAUUGUUUUGCUUUUUGAUGGGUGUUGGGGUUUUCCUUUUUGAUGGGUGUUGAAUGAAAGAGUACAGGCAUUAGGUUUUUUUGUGUUUGAGGAUGAUGGGUGAAGGCGGUUUUUAGGGUUUUGUACGACGAUCUUAUUCCAUAUUAAAAUAAAGAUGAUAGACGAAGACGGUAGAAUUUUUCUGUUAGGGUUUCUCGACGAUGGGUGAGGACGAUAGGAUUUUCUAUAGGAUUUUUCAGGAAUGGAUCGGGCUUGACGCAAGGAAAGGGUUCAUGAUGGUUGGUGACAAAUGUUCUUUGAUUUGUCUGUAAUUUGUAAAAAAAUUAAAAUUUUCAAGUUAUGUGUUUGUGAUUUGUUAAUUUUUUUUGAGAUAUUUGGGCAAUGUCUGAGUUUUAUUUCUGAUAUUUGGUUUUGUCUUCAUUGGCAGCUAUCUGAUUGCAAUAUGUUUGAAGUCGUUGUUAGUGACAAAUGUUCUUUGAUUUGUUGGUAAUUUGUACAGAAAUUAAUAUUUUUGGUUAUGUGUUUGUGAUUUGUUAAAAAAUUUUGGGAUAUUUGGGCAAUGCCUGAGUUUUAUUUCUGUGUACUUUUACAGUUUCGUCUAAAUAAAUUGGUGUCAUAGAUAGGCUACAUUGUUACUUUCAGGCACAUUUGACACAGUAGAACCCUCCUUUUAUAGAAAGUCGGGAGGAGGUUAACAACAAUUGUUGAGAAAUAUCAGGGAACUGAUGAUCAUCCAUCCCAACAAAUUCCUAUGCAAACCCUGUAUUUCAUAAUGAACCCUUUAUUAGUGAUUUGGGUAUUAACAUCUGCAGCUUGGUCUAUUACUCUCAAUGAUCCGAGUUUGAUAAGUUUAUUUGGAGUGCUAACAGGAGUUGUUUUUUUGGGCUUCCAAUUGAUGUUGUUUUUGCAGGAAGUGAUGUGAUGUAUUAUGCAGAAUUUGAUAAGAUUAAGAGUUACAUAUAAUGAUGAGUUUUGUUGUUACCUUUUUUUCUUCUUUUUCCUCAAUAUGGAGCAUUUUGCCCCUUGUAUGAGUGCUUUUUGUCGGAUAUCAUAAAGCCUAAUCAAGGGACAUUUGAUUUUUAGAAUUCUUUCUUUCAUAAAAGAAUGGCAUAGAGAUACUGAUUUUUUAAAUCAUCUCUUCCCUUUAAAGAACAAAAUGGAAUUGUAUUUGAAUGCUUUUUUUCGGAUAUCGUAAAGCCUAAUCAAGGGACAUUUGAUUCUUAGCAUUAUUUCUUUCAUAAAAGAAUGACAUUAUAGAUACUGAUUUUUUAAAUCAUCUCUUCCCUUUGAAGAACAAAAUGGAAUUUAAGUUUUUUUGUAUUUGAACUUAAUUUUUUUUAUUUGAAAGAUUGAUUUGAGAAGUGUUCAUUUAUAAUAGCUUGUAUUUGAACAAAAUGACAUUAUAGAUACUGAUUUGAAAUAAGGAUAAGUGGAGUUAUGUGGUAACAAAUUCUUAUUUAUUUAUUUUCUAUUGAAUAUCAUGUUUUUGGGGCUGUUACAUUUAUGUCUCUGAGCACUCUUCUUUAUGACAUGGACAUCAAUUUGCCUCAACUCAAUUUUUUUGAUUUCUGGUUUCAUAAGAAAGGGUCAGAGUGAGGACAUUAAAACAGGUCAUUUUUUCUUAAUUUAUUUUGUUAAUUUUUAAAUAAAAACAUGGCUAAUAUAGUUGUCUAGCUCACAAAUUGAAGAGCUUUUACUAUUCUUUGGGUUACCAAGGUUUGAUUUGUGAAAACCUUAACUAUGAGGUUUUUGGAAAUAAAUAAAUAAAUAAAUACUUGUCUAUGAAGAGCUUAUUUUUUUCUCUCACUUUCCUUUGGAUUACCAAGGUUUGGUUUGUGAAGAUUUUGUCUAUGAGGUUUUGGUAAAUAAAUAAGUAAAAAAGUAUGUGGGGUUUGCACUGUGGUUUAUAUGUAAAAAGUGGUAUCUUGCCUGGGAAUUGUAUAUUGACUUGGUCAUGUGCCAUUUGUAUUUUAGGCGGCUUGUGUUUUGUUCAAGAAUUCAUUGAUUAAUUUGUUAUGUUAUUAUUGCUUCCUUUCCCCACUAAUGCCCAGAGAACUUUUUGUAGGUAGGUAAAUUUUUGUCUCCAUUGAGACUUGAACUUAAAACCUCCCAUAAACCCUCUCCAACCUUUCAGCACUUGAGCCAGACCUCAAGGGCCCACUGAUGCCCAAAGAAGUACAAUUGGAUUUUUAUAAUUUAUCUAUGCUUCUUACUUGCUUUCAUGGUGUGUUGAAGCGCUCUAGUUAUUGAUUAAUUGAAUAUUCCAAGCAAAGCAUUGAAAUUUUUUUGCUUGAGUAUAAAUAAGUUGGGAAGCUUAUGAAUUAUGGCUUUACUUCUUGGUUCAGAUUCUCAAGUUCUAUGGCCAUCCGUUUUGAGUUUGCAAGUUUGGUAGUAUACCAAUCCAUUUGUCUCCAUUUCAACAAUUAUGCAUUUUUUUUUCUUUUUAUCAAGACAAUCCAAAAGACAUGAAAAUGAUUGCUAUUUUAACCUUUUGAUUUACAUAUUGAAAGCCAAUCAAGUUGAAUAAUGUUGAGAGGAAUGCCCUAGUAGAGGCCCAAAAAGAUGAAUAGAAGUAGACUAGGUCCCAUAUCGUUUGAAAAGUCAUCCAUUUGUCCUUAGAGAUCCUUGUAUUUUUUAUGUAGGGCAACCCUAGGAUGGUUGUCUACCAUCAAAUAGGUGAGUUAGGGUUUUUAUCUUUUAGGAUUUAAGGAAUUGAAUAAGAGAUAAAGUUUAUGACAACAACAUAAAAGGAAAAAAAAAUAGAGAACUAAGAUAAAAAGAAGGGGUAGAACUUUAGAGUCACACUCAAGACUUCUAGGAGACUCCACAAGAAAACAUAGUGUAGACCCCCAUUUAGGGGCCUUUCUUGCAGUUGCAAAUUUUGCCACGUGGAAGAGCCUUGCUCAACCACAUGUCUUCUUUUGAGAGGACAGUGCAGAAUCACAUGGUGUUUUUGAAGUGCCAAUGGAAGGUUGACAGGUGGCAUGAGGUUCUGAAGGCUGUUAGAGGGGCAAAUCCGGGAGAGAGAAAAGUGAUUCUGCAGAUUAGUGGUGCUUUUGGGGUGGCUGUUGCUGCAGAGGCUGUUAGGGGGGCAAAUCCGAGAGAGAGGAGAAAGAAAGAAAAGAAAAGAGGUAGGGAGCUUUUGAUGAGAGGGACUUUUGGUUUGGAUUUUUUUGGAGAGGUAUCCAGGCUAGAGGAGCAGAGGGAGGCAGUGAGAGGAGCAGAGGUAAGGGAGAGAAGGCAAGGAGCAAGGAGCUUUAGAGGCAGGAGGAGAUUGUUUCUGGAGAGUAUUCCUUGAGAUUAGGCUACUACGGAGGGGAGGAGCAUUGGGAGGAAAGGAAAACGGGAAUAGAGGCAAGAAAGGAGACAGGGGGCAUUGACCAGUUUGAGUUAGAGGAUGGAUACUCAGCAGAGUAGACACGUAGUGCUCGAGGACACGCCAUCUGAUAUAGUGACACCACCUGUUAUACCUGUUCAGAUGCCAUCUGCACAGACUUUGCAUGAUCAGAUUGCUGUCAUUCCACCUAUUGUCACACCAGUUACUGUUAUUGAGGAUUCUCGUUCUCGUAUGGACAUAUUCGAGCGGAGGAUUAGACAGAUGAGAGAUCCUGAUGAGAUGAUUUUGUGGGAUGACCCUAACGAUGUGCCAGUGACCACUUUGCCAGUCGGUUUCAGGAUGCCGGAUAUAGAGAGAUAUACGGGUGUUGGAUGUCCUCGUAUUCAUCUCAGACUUUAUAGCACAGUUAUGAGGGCCCUUGGUCUAGAUGAGGCACAGUUGCUCACUUUGUUCCCAUUGUCAUUGAGCGGCAUGACACAGAGAUGGUACGCUUCAUUAGAGUUAUCUCGUCGGAGAACUUGGGAGGACUUAGCACGGGAGUUUCUGAGACAGUAUUCAUUCAGUGGUGAUACGAGUGUUACACGUAGAGAGCUUGAGUUUCUUCGACAGGGAUCAGAUGAGUCUGUUUCUUCUUUUAUCUCCCGAUGGAGGGAGAAGGCUGCGGAGAUGAUUGAGAGACCUACCGAGAGAGAUCAAAUGAGCAUGUUUUUGAGGAGUUUGCAUCCUAGGUUUGCUCGGCAUUUGACAGGAGUCCCAUUCCAGGAUUUCAGGUCAUUGGUUCAGGCUUUGUUCGAUGUAGAUGAUGGCAUAUCUAGAGGAUUAUGGUCAGAUAUUACUCAUUCUCCAGAUACUGAGGGGAAAGGAGUUGUUGGAUCAUUUGAGAGUUAUGGAGGCGUAUGUUAUGCGGAUUUUCAGCAUCGACGACCUGGUUAUCAUCCCUAUGCGAGAUCAUUGCAGAUACCCAGGAGUGAUUUCCCGCCUUUACAGCAUCGUCAUCCUCAUUCAGUUCAGCAGUACCCUUCUGUGCAUCCUCAUACUGUCACGGUGCGACCUUCAUUUCAGUUUCAGCGGCCACAGACUAGUAUCCCACGGCAUGAGCAGUCUUGCCCCCAUCGGCGACGUCAGAUGACUUAUUCUGAUUUGGGGAUGCCUUUGGAUAGAGCUUUUGAGCGACUCAGAGCUGCUGGUUUUUUAGUACCAUUGGCCCCUAGGCCACUCCCGAGUACCUUGCCUCCACGUUUUCGUGCUCACGAGUUCUGUGCAUUUCACCAGAUGGUAGGCCACCGUACUGACUAUUGUGCUUCUCUACGUCAUGCCAUACAGGAUCUUAUUGACAGUGGUGUGGUUAGCUUUCCCAUAUCGACUACAGAUACCGAUCUUGGUCCAGAUAUGAUUGUUGAUUCCUUUCCAGCCUAGGCCACACAUGCAGUUCCUCCUUCUUCAGGCUUAUACCAUCACAUUUUGGACACCCAGGGCACUGAUACUCACAGGACACUUUGAUAUUGCAGACCUUGUUGGUGUAUUUUGGGACUACAUUGUUAGUUAGUCAUUUGAGUUUUUGUUCUUUUUUAUUUUAUAUUUGAGUCUUGUUUUAUAGUUAGUGAUUCGGGUUCGUACCCUGUGUUUCGAGAGUAGACCUUAUUGUCUUAUUUUUCGCAUGAUGUACUCUCAUUUCACUUAAUGAUAUUGUUGUCUUCUUGGGUAUGUGUUUC